AUGAGUAGAGGUGUCUUUGCGGAGGUGGUUCUCCUAGUGAUUUUGCACAUAAAUGUAACACGUGGACAAGACCCCACAGAGGCAUUGGUCUGUCCAGAGCACCAGGAGCCUUUUCACGGCUCCUGCUAUGAGUUUGUGGCGCAGCAGCGCACCUUCCCGAACGCCCAGCGCUGGUGUGAACAAGGUGGAGGGCACCUGCUGUUUAUUCUGAACGAAGAGACCCAGCAGUUUCUCCAGCAACACCUCCAGGCCCAGCAGGACUACUGGAUAGGGCUGGCCCCGGCGUCCAGCAACCUCACCCUGGACCCAGCUGCGGCAGAAGGAAUGCUCUCCUGGCUUGAUGGCUCUGAUGUGAGCUACUCUAACUGGGCGAGUGAGCCCUCAGUAGGAGCCAGAUGUGGUUACAUCCUCCAGGACUCCGGCUUUCAAUGGGAGGCCACGGACAACUGCAACAAAGAGAUGCACUUCUACUGUGAAUUUGAGGUUGGGAAAUCUCUGGCUUGCACAAACUCCAGUGUGACUCUUCAGUGCGGCUCUGGGCAGGUGAUAGAGGUGGACGACAGCUUCUUUGGUAGGAAGACGAAACACUACUGCCAGGGGCUCACCUCUUCCUACACCACGUCCUCACAACAGGAGUGCAGCUGGGUGGAUGUAGCACAUAUAGUAGCAGGACAAUGUCACGGACUGCAGGCCUGCCGGGCUUGGGCAGAUUCGUCCUUUGGAGAACCAUGCCCUGGUCUUGGAAGCUACUUGUCUGUGGAAUAUCAUUGUAAAGAUGGUCUUCACCUGCUCAUGGGCAAAUUGGCUGCUGUCUCUGACAAUGUCACAAUCCAGGUGAAGUGGCUUUUGCACCCGUUCCAGGGUAACCUGACAUGCACUCUCAGUGCAGGUGAUGGCCACACCUAUAACCCCUACAGCCCUGACGAGUGAGCCAGUGUGGUGCAUCAGUACAGCCAUCCAGGGGUCUUCACUGUCGAGGUGGAGUGCACCACCGGUGAGUGGCACGUCACUGCGCAGAAGACCAUCACCAUCCAAGAGCCACUUGGGGAAUAUGGAGUGGUCAAGUGCUACAGCAUGGGCCAGCUAAUGAACAGCAGCAAUUGCAAAUCCCUUGCCAACAGGCCUCUUACAAUCCAGGUCCAACUGGACGCAGGAAGCAAUGUCACCUACAAAGUUCAGAGCGACGGCACAGUGUUGGCGUCAUCGUCCGCUGCUGUGGGCGUAUUCCCUCACAACAUCACCCUGGGCUCAGAGGAGAUGCAGAGCCUGGGUCCAGGCUGUCAUGUGCUGACUCUGCUGGCCUCUAACAACGUCACGGCUGCUGACCCCUCCACUGCGCUGGAGGUGUGUGUGCUGGAGCCGGUGCAGGGGCUGCAGGCGUCGGUGUCCACGCAGGCCGGGCCGUGCCCCGAGGCGUACCUCCACGUCACCGUCUCUCUGGACCACGGAGCCCCCGCACAGCUGCUCUUCCAGAUAUCUGACAGUGACAAUAACACCGUCCAGGAGACGAGAGAAGUGGACAGUGGCAGUCUUCAGGUUUUCAACAUCUCAACAAUCGUCCAAGGUGUCCGCGGCUUUGAUCAUUCUUCGCUUUCCCUCGAGUGGGACAACAGCCUCAAGUGUGACAACAGCCUCAAGUGUAACAGCAGGCUCGAGAGGGACAGUAGCCUCAAGUGUGACAGCAGCCUCGAGUGGGACAGUAGCCUCAAGUGUGACAACAGCCUCAAGUGUAACAGCAGGCUCGAGUGGGACAGUAGCCUCAAGUGUGACAACAGCCUCAAGUGUGACAACAGGCUCGAGUGGGACAGCAGCCUCUACCACAUCAACAAUUACCUUUACUGUGGUAAUAACCCCAGCGAGAGGUCACUGUUUCUGCCGCUAGGAGACCAAAGUAAAAACUACACCCUAACUGUGGUUGCAACUUUGCAGAAUUCAGCUGGACAAACCUUAAACACCACAAUUCUCAUCAAGGUCAGGGACUCUGUUUCGGAGCCCUCUGUGCAGGAUCUCCAGAACUUGGUGUCAAAUCAGGUGGCAGAGUUACAGAGCCAAGGCCAGCUUACAGCGCCAGCCCUGGCUCAGAUGUACCAAACUGUGUCCAAUAUCUUGAAUGAAGGUUCCAAUGAGGCGGACAAGAGUGCAAGAGAAGAGCUCAGAGAGCAGAUGGCUACCAAUAUGUCUGUGGGAAUAGACAGCACCCCCAUGUGGAGCCUAGAAGAGGUGCAGGCAGUUGCCAGUGCUGUGGCCGAACUCACUAAGCAGGCUGAUGAGCUGACCACAGACACACAGAUCCAGACAAGCAGUGCUUUAUCAAAGCUCAGUGAGUCCCUCAACUCACUUCCACUCCCUGAAAGCAACAUUAAUGAGAAGAUGUUGGAUGCAUGUAAGCCUCUCGCUGAAGCUGCUAGUAAUAUCAUUGUGGUCUCAGCAGCACCAGAUAAACAGCGUGAGAUCGCCGAGAACGUACUCAGUGCUGUAGACAAGGUCCAGAGUGCCCUUCUGAGAGGGAAAAAGACGUGUCAUGGGCCCACAGUCAUAAUCACCCCUCAGAUUAGUUUAUACGUCAACAGAAUGUCUCCAAAAAACCUUGCGAAAUUGCCAUUCACAAUUCAAAACUCCAGCUCUGCCAGCUUCACGUUCCCUCCUUUAUAUCCCUCUGUUGUGUCAUCGAAGAGGUCCGUGGAUGUCCGGAUGUCGACCUUUGAGACAAAUCCAUUUGCCUGGAAUACAGUGCAGUCCAUCAAUGGCACAGUGGGGGCUCUGUCUCUCACCCAACAUAAUGGCCCCCCCAUCCCCGUUGCUAAUUUGACAAACGAGAUUGAGAUUAUUUUGCCAAGGCAAUUGGCUGCUGAAGUGAACAGCACCUUUCUGGACCUUGGAAACUUCAGCACCAUCGUGAUCAAUGUGACUUCGCCGAACGUGUCCCUGGUGCUCAAGCUGAACCCCUCAGAAGACAUCUCCUUACAUUUGCUUAUAGGGUUCCAGGAGUACCCCAAUGACACAAACUACGAGGCACAAACCUACCUGCCACAUGACAAAAACACACAAGAGGAGAGAUACACAUGGGUGUUGAGCUCCAGGGAUAUGACCAUAGAUGAGGGUGUAUACUACCUUCUAGUGAGACCUGUUGUUGGGGCAGGAGUCAACUCUACAAACGCCACAGUCUCCGUCACCUCCAUUGCUGCUCAGUGCAUGUACUGGGAUGAACUGAAGCUAAACUGGAGUGACUAUGGAUGCAGGGUUGGGCCCCUGACUACAUCCCUGGUCACGCAGUGCUUGUGCAACCACCUGACGUUCUUCGGAAGCUCCUUCUUCGUCAUGCCUAACGUGGUGGAUGUUAGCCAGACGGCUCAGCUUUUUGCCACUUUUGCUGAGAAUCCGGUGGUGGUGUGCUUUAUUGGCGCCAUUUUCCUGGCCUACCUCAUGUUGGUGAUAUGGGCACGACGGAAGGACAUUCAGGACACAGCCAAGGUAAAGCUUACUGUGCUGGAAGACAACGACCCCCUGGCAGAGUACAGAUACUUGCUCAACAUCAGCACUGGGCACCGACGUGGAGCCUCUACUUCCUCACAGGUGACAGUGACUCUGCUGGGCACUGAGGGUGACAGUGAACCACACCAUCUGACUGACCCAGACAAGCCAGUGUUUGAGAGAGGCGGGGUGGACAUGUUUGUAUUGACCACGCCAUUCUCGUUGGGCGACCUGAAGAGUAUUAGGCUAUGGCAUGACAACUCAGGGAAUCACCCUGGCUGGUACGUUAACAAAGUGAUGGUGCAGGACAUUGAGACGGGGCAGAAAUGGCACUUCCUCUGCAGCUCGUGGCUCGCCUUAGACAUGGGGGAGUGUGUCCUGGAUAGAGUUUUCCCUGUAGCCACAGAUAUGGACUUAAAGAGAUUCAGCAAUCUGUUCUAUAUGAAGACAGUGAAAGACUUCUGUGACGGCCAUAUCUGGUUUUCUGUGGUCAGCCGCCCUCCAAACAGCAGCUUCACGUGCGUCCAGCGUGUCUCCUGUUGUUUCUCCCUGCUUCUGUGCACCAUGCUGACCAACAUCAUGUUCUAUGGUGUGCCCACAGAUCCUGCCGAGCAGACCAUGGACUUGGGUCACAUUGAGUUCACCUGGCAACAAGUGAUGAUUGGCGUCCAGAGCUCCAUCAUCAUGUUCCCCAUCAACCUCCUCAUCGUCAGCAUCUUCAGAAACACACGCCCGCGGGAGAGGAAGUCUGAGAAGCCUGUGAGGGACAAGAGCAAGGCGGACACCCGCAAACUGGCCAAGAGUGGCCAUGUGUCACCAACCGGGCCGCCCUUCUCUGAGAGCCAGCACAGGGACAUAACACCAGAAGCUGUCAUCAAGGACAUAAAAAGAAUAGCACAGUCACUCUCCAAGGUGAUGAAGAACCCUCUUCCCGGGAUAGAUGUGACAUCUGGCAAAAACCCUGACAUCAAUAUGCUUCUUUCACUCAUGGAGGACAUCAUCCGGCAGCAAAAUCUUGCAGGGGACACUUUGGAAGAGAACCCUUCCUCUGAGAGUCCAAAGAAACUGACCAGUGACGGCCAGAAGGGCAGCCUGAGCUUGUACACCCAGUACCUCUACCGGCAGCUCCAGCACGUGGAGAAACAGCUGGGCCUGCUGGGUCCCACGCGCUUCUCCAACCCUGGCAGCUACAGCCUGGCCAUACAGCAGGUCCGGGGCAUCAAAGGCCUCCUGGAGCCCCAUCUGCCCUCCACCUCCAGCGGAGACCACCCCAGCCACAGCUCCAGCCCCGAGGACAGCGCCGAGGGAGGGGGCAGUAGCGGUGGCAGGAGAUGCUGUCAGGGAGGCCUGCCCUGGUGGUUCGUGUUUGUGGGCUGGCUUCUGGUGCUGGCGACGAGUGGGGUGUCGGCGUUCUUCACCAUGCUGUACGGGCUGAAGUACGGCAAAGAGCGCUCUGUCAGCUGGCUCAUCUCCAUGGUGGUGUCCUUCUUUGAAAGCCUUUUGAUCACUCAGCCUCUGAAAGUGCUUGGUUUGGCGCUUUUCUUUGCCUUAGUGCUGAAGAACGUUGACCAGGAGGAAUAUGACAAUGUGCCUAUUGAGGAAUCUGUGUCAAAUACUGGUGAUCCUGAUGCCGUCCAUGCUGCACGGAGAGACAGCACAUGCGGUUUCUACCAGCCACCACCACCCUCAGACAUCGAGAAGAUGAGACAAAACAUGAUCAAGGAGCAAAAAGCGUUUGCCCUCAUCAGAGAGAUUCUCAUAUACAUAGGGUUCAUGUGGAUGUUACUCUUGGUUGCCUACGGUCAGAGGGAUCCAAAUGCGUUCCAUCUGACUCAGCACAUUCGGAAAAGCUUCAGCAGAGGGAUCACACACUCAAUGAGCCACAGGGAGGUGUUCACAUGGGCUAAUACAUCCCUCCUGAACAACAUUUUUGGACAAUAUCCAGGAUUCAUAACGGACGGGAAUUCCAAACUUAUUGGCAAUGCCCGCCUUCGCCAGGUGAGGGUGCAGAAAGACUCCUGUCGCAUUGCCCACUCCAUGCAGCGCUCGGUCACAGACUGCCAUGCUCCGUACUCUUGGGAGAUGGAAGACAGGGGCUCCUAUGGUACGGGCUGGAAUCGCUCCAGGGAUACGAACACCUCCCGGGCUGCUGCCCCCAGCCCCUGGCAAUACCUGAGCCAAUCCCGACUCAGAGCACAUCCCAUAUGGGGCAACGUGGCCCUGUACAGAGGAGGAGGCUUUGUGGUGGAGCUGGGCCCUGACCUGACCAAUGCUACAAGUGUGCUUCAGUACUUGUUUGACAACAGAUGGCUGGAUGUUUACAGUCGUGCUAUCUUUGUGGAGUUCACUGUGUACAAUGCGAAUGUCAACCUUUUUGCCAUUGUUACACUAAUGCUGGAAACAACAGCUGUGGGUGCAUUCCAAUACCGUAGUGAGAUACAGACAGUCCGUCUCUAUCAGUCUACGGGUGGCUUACACAUUUUUGUCAUGGCCUCUGAGGUCAUCUACUUCCUUUUCAUUCUCUACUACAUGUAUGUCCAGGGCAAGCUAAUGAGGCAGCAGAAGUGGACUUACUUUAAGACGAAGUGGCACCUUCUGGAGCUGGCCAUCAUCAUCCUCAGCUGGAGUGCACUGAGUGUGUUUAUCAAAAGAACACUGCUGAGAAACAGGGACCUGGAAUUCUAUCUAAACAACAAGGACAAGUACGUCAGUUUCCACGAGACCGCCAUGGCAGACGCGGUGCUGGGCUACCUGAUGGCCUUCCUGGUUCUCUUGUCCACCAUUAAGCUGUGGCGCCUCUUGCGGCUCAACCCCAAACUGCACCUCAUCACCUCCACCCUGCAGAGGGCCUGGACAGACAUCUCAGGCUUCCUGCUGGUCAUGACCAUCAUGUUUCUGGCCUACUCUAUCGCUUGCAACCUAAUGUAUGGCUGGAAGUUGUCUUCAUACAGGACUCUCAUUAAUGCAGCACAGACUAUGGUCAGCCUACAGCUUGGUAUCUUCAAUUAUGAAGAGGUGUUGGAUUAUAACCCAGUUCUUGGUGCAUUCUUAAUUGGCUCUUGCAUCAUCUUCAUGACCUUCGUUGUAUUGAACCUCUUUAUUUCCGUGAUCCUGGUGGCAUUUAGUGAAGAGCAACUUCACCAUCAGCCAUCUGAAGAGGAGGAGAUAGUGGACCUGAUGCUGAUGAAAAUCUGCAGUCUGUUUGGGAUCAAAAUUAAGAAGAAAGGAGAAGCAAGUGACUCCUCAUCUGCCACUAACAAUCCAUCAUCGACUGUCAUAUCGUAA